GGCGCUCUCAAGGCGAGGCCCAACAAUCGUGCACUGCCAAACCCUUGCUCCACGCUUACGCUCUUCCUUCAUGCUUGCCUUGCUCAUGAGCCUGCUCUAACUACAUAGAAACACACUGCGCUUGUCAAUUCCGCCAUGCACCGUGCGCUUGCGGGCUGCCUACGCCACCAGCACGCCGCCGCGCGCGCGCGGCCUUCGAGCUCCCCAGGCCGCUACUCCUCGGCCUGGCGCCCCCUACCUAACCGCCACCUGCGUGAGAGCUUCCCGACUAGCAACCCUAGCCUCCCAAAUCCGUGCUACACCAACAGCGGCGCUUCCCAAAGGACCCACUGCACUCGUCGCACCAGUGCCAACCCUACCGCGGCGCCUUUCCCAGUCCCGGCACUCGCCUCAGCGCGGCAAGGGGGCGUCCCCGCACCAACCGCCUCAACUGCCAGUUCGCAACCGCACCUAGCCCGCUGUAACCGCAUGGCCACAGCCGCCGCGGCCGUUGCGGCGGGAGCAGGGGGUGGCGGCGGCGGGGAGGAGGGGCCGACGCACGUGCUGGUGGUUUGCGGCACACCCGAGGACAGCCAACGUAUUGCGGCGGCGGUGAAGGAGAUCGCCGCCUCCAGCCCUGGCCUGAUGUUCCACACGGACGCCGCCUCGCUGCCGCCCGCCGCCUGGCCCGCCUUCGAUGCGGCGGCGUGCACGGCGCGCCUGCACGGCAGUAGCGGCGGCGGCGACGGCGGCGGUGGCGGCGGUGGCGCUGACGGCAGACACGGGCGAACCAUUGGUCGGGCGCUGCUGGUGGCGGGCGUGAUGAGCUCCACACAGGAGCUGCUGCGCGCGCACGGCUCGGCCCUGGGUGACGGCGCGGUGGUGGUGGCGGACCGCCAGACCAGCGGCAAGGGCCGCGGCGGCAACCAGUGGACAUCGCCGCUGGGCUGCCUCAUGUUCUCGGCCCUGAGGCGGCUGCGGGUGCAGAGCCCGGCGCAGGCGCCCUUCAUCAACUACCUGGUGUGUCUGGCCGUGACACGCGGCGUGCGGGCGGCGCUGCAGUCUCUGGCGCUGCCGGCGCUGGACGUGCGCAUCAAGUGGCCCAACGACAUCUACGCCUCGGGCGUCAAGAUCGCGGGGGCCCUCAUCCACACCACCUGGCAGGGCAACUGCUUCAACGUGAUCACCGGCAUCGGCCUCAACGUCAACAACCGCCAACCAACCACCUGCCUGGACGAGCUGCUCGAGAAGGCGGCGGCGGCGGCGGCUGGGCCGGCGGCGGCGGCUGGUGCGGCGGCUGGUGCGGCGGCGGCACCGCUGGCGCCGCUGCCGCGGGAGGUGGUGCUUGCGGAGAUCCUGAAGGCCAUGGAGGAUGUGUUCAAUACCUUUGAGCGCGACGGCUUCGCUCCCCUGGAGCCCGAGUACCUGGCCGCCUGGCUGCACAGCGGCCAAGUGCUGGACUUUGACGACUCAGACCCCACGCAGGCGCAGGCGCAGGCGCAGGCGCAGGCGCAGGCGCCGGUGCGGCUGGCAGUCCGCGGCCUGUCGCCCGCCGGGUUCCUGCUGGGCGUCGACGAGGCGGGGCAGCGUUACGAGCUGACGCCCGACGGCAACUCGCUGGACAUGAUGCGAGGCCUGCUGCGCCGCAAGCUGCCCGCAUGAGGGCUGGGCGGGGCUUUGACAGCAGGGAGGCGGCGGGGAGGCGGCUGGGAGGCAGGCGUGGCACGGCGUUUGUUCAAGACGCAACAAGCAGUCAAGCGGUGAACCUGUCCAAUGGGCCCUGCCGGUCGGCGGGUUAGUUGCUACAAACCGCGCCAGGGUGAAUAAUUUGGAUGUAUGUGAUAACUAACAGCGCGGACGCCACGGCAGGCACCGCUUAUCUUGAGCCGUUGGACGCGUGAUUGGGAAGAAAUGACACAUGGGGUGCGUGAUGUGUAUGUGUGUGUUUGUGCGUUAUUGGUUCUCGUGACAGCGGUAUUGUGUGUGGCCGGGGCUGUGGUUUCAAGGGGGAGGACGCGCACAGGCAAAGUGCAUACGGUAGUCCAACGGUGCGGUGGGUGCGGCGGGUGUGGUGGACGCAGAGUGUGUUUGGUGCGCUAGGGUGCGGUGGGAGUGGUGGAUGCGGGGACACCGCACGUGUCGCACCCAGUACGGUGGUGUUGACCACCGCGCGAUACUGCAGGCGGGCGAGGCGCGGAGCAAUGGCAGGCUCCGGUCGAAGGUCCGGUCGCCAGAAUGGAUGAACGCAGGA